AUUUGAAGGGAAAGGUUAUCCUAUGGAGGAACUAUAGAGGAGAGGUGCCUCCAACAGUAACUGAUCAUUUUGUUGACAAUGUCGUGGAUGCUGAAGAUGUUAAUAUAAAGCCGGUGUUUGUCGAGGAUGGUAUUGUUUAUUGCUGGAUACAGUAUAACAAUCUGUACUUAUUGGCGGUGACACAGAGAAAUGGAAAUGCGAUGAUGAUAUUAUCGUAUCUUUACAAGUUAGCUGAUGUA